UGAAAGACGUAAAAAUUUUGUCUUCGCCCCAUUUUUUUCGAGAGGUUGGCGUCCUCCUUCGCGUAGCAAGAAUAUUCAACAAUCCACGCCCAGCGGAACACAGUAACUGAACACAGUAGUCUGAUCUCUGCCUGUUAGCGCUACUGGAGAACUGUUCCACUAAUAGCACGAGGAGCAUCGACUAACAUCAGCAGUCUUCAGGCAUACAGCGAAUGGGCAUAGUUGGGACACAUUUCGCGUUGUAAUCAUGGCACAUCUGGACCAUUCAAUCUAAUAGUGUUGAGCGAUGGAGUCGAUCUUCGGAGGUGAGUUGGGCUUGCUGGGCGGGGGCGACGGACUGAAGGAGGACGGGUGUGGGGUGAACUGGCCGAGUGCCCCCCUCCCGGACGACAUGUACUCUGCCUCCCACUUCGCCCUCAUUACCGCCUACCACGACAUCAAGACCCGACUCACCGGCCUGGAGAGGGAGAACAGCAGCAUCAAGAGGAAGCUGAAAAUCUAUGAGAUCAAGUUCCCCAUGAUCAGUGAAUUUGGAGAGGACAGGAACUCCUACUGCUCCUUUGAGCCCAAGGAGACGGCCCUGCUGCAGUCAGAGAAUGACAGCCUGCAGCAGAGAGUUAACACAUUGACGCACGAGCUCCAGAAGAGUAAGGAACGUGAGGAGCAAUUAGAGGAUGUGAUCCAGGCCUAUGAGAAGAUCCAUAUGGAGAAGAGUAACCUCCAGAGGGACCUUGACAAGAUGACCACACUGGCGGAGAAGCACAUGGAGCGGAUCCGUAACUUAGAGACGGCACUGCGGCAGAGGGACAGCUCCCUGCAGAAGCUGAACACGCAACUCCACAGCAAGGACAUGCAGUAUCUGCAGCUUCAUGCCAGCCCAGAAGUCUCCCAUAUGUUGGACUGCCCGGCGCUGACCCUGCAGAGUUCACGCAGCCUCGACGCCCUGUCCGACCUGAAGCUGCAGCGGCUGGAGGCGGAGCUGGAGGGGGCCCGGCACGAGGCCCAGGGGGCCUGUCAGCGGGAAGAGGAGCUCAAGGCCGAAUGUGAGCGGCUGCAGGAGGAGCUCAGGCAGCUGCAGGAAACGCAGAGGCAGCAGGAGAUGUCUUCUUCCUGUGAGCAGUGUGAUGUGGAGUGGAUAAAAAAGGCAGGAGACGAACAGGUGAACCUAGCGGUGGCCUACACAGAGCUGGCUGAGGAGCUGUCUCGCCUGCAGACCUUGAGCUCCAAGCAGACGGAGAUCUUGAGGAAGAUGUCUCAGGAGCAGGCUAGCCCAGUCCAGCACCACUCCCACCAGAGGCACUCCCCUGUCCCCCAGCGUCACUCCCCCAUCCCCCAGCGGCACUCCCCUGUCCCCCAGCGCCGCUCCCCGGUGCCCCAGCGCCUCUCCCCGGACAUGCACCGUCGCUCGCCCCUCCCGGAGACCAGCGACGGCCCGGCCUCGUACUCCUGCCGCCCGGCCAGCCACCAUCUGCGGGCCAGCUUCCAGGGCCGCCGCAGCUACUCCGAGGUGGCCGACCCCUCGGCCUACCAACGGUCGCCCCGCUUCGACUCCGUCUCCACCCUGCCCAAGCCCCGCCCGUACGGGGAGGGGUACAUGAAGCAGCAGCAACGCGGCGAGUCCCUGCCGGGGGUGGGGGGCGGUGGGGGCAGCCUGGCCGGCAGCCCCCGGCACGCCCGUGAGCUGCCCUUCCCCCUGUCGGAGGUGCCCCACCUGCGCUUCGAGCCCCCGCCCGCCCCACCGCCGGGCCCCCCCCCACAGCCGCCGCAGUCCUCCGAGGACGAGGAGGACUGGGCCUGCCCCCACCCCACCAGCCCGCCGCGCACACUGGGGGUGCCCUCAGCCGCCGCCUCCAUCAUACGGGGGCCCGCCUCGUGCUCCGCCUUCCCCGUCCCCGUUGGGACCAGCACCCUCAGCUGCCACCCGCCCGGCUACCUGCAUGCCGACCACGCCCAGUCCUGGCCAUCCAUCAACCUGUGGAUGGAAACAGAGGAAAAUGACAUCAGAAGUUGCCCUCUAUGUCAGCUCAUCUUCCCUAUCGGCUACCCAGACGAUGCCCUGAUCAAACACAUCGACUCGCACCUGGAGAACAGCAAGAUCUGACAAUUGCAGCUGGGCCGCCCCCGGCCUGCCGUCACUCCAGCCUUACCGAACCUUUUAACAUUGUGCCCAACGAGCUGAGUCGCGUAAGAACAGCAUUGUGGGAGAAAAAAAGACUAAAAGAUUGUGACGGGAAGUCGUUUCAUAGACGUGUGACACAGACAGAACACUGGUCAGCCUCUGCCACAGUUUUGUUUUACUCAGUGAAUGUUCAGGUUUGUUUCCAUCCGGGAACCUUCAGGGUUGAAUUGUACUCUUUCUACACAAAUAGAUAUUGUGUGUUACAUGGUGACAGUGCCACAUGCUUCUCUACUGCCCCUAGCUGUCAGUGCCUGGGGAGCAUCUUGCUGCUGAAUCACACGGGUCACCAUCUUCUUUGGGGAGGGACUAGAUUGAUAGAAGAGUAUACAAACCCCCAACUGUCCUUUUCUUUUCAUUCAAUACACAGCACCUCUUGCUUGAGCCUAACAAGUUCCAUAGUGAAUUGUUGGGUAUAGUCACUGAUUUCCAUGUAAAUAGGGUUGUGUCUGAUAUUGAUGCAAAAUGUCACAUGUCACAGGCUGAUUGACUCUUUCCACUACAAUGUAUGUAUUAUUUGUGACAUUUUAUGUAAUCCUUGACACUAUUAUAAUUCAGAAUAAAAUGUAAUGAUCCCUCCAAAAAUC